AUGGCGGCUCUCCGUAGAAGAAGAUGGAGGAUUUCUAGCAUCUUGUUCACCACCUUUGUUUGCUGUCUAACCCCCUUAAUUGUACUUGUGUGUCCCCCCCCCCCCCCCCCCCCCCCCCCCCCCGCCCUCUUCGCCACCGCCCUCUUCACUCCUACAGAGGAGAGGCCAAAGUACAAGCCCUCCGGUCCGAAGAUCCCCGAUGGCGAGAAAGUGGACUUUGACGACAUCCAGAAGAAGCGUCAGAACAAAGACCUGGUGGAGCUGCAGACCCUGAUCGAGGCUCACUUUGAGUGCAGGAAGAAGGAGGAGGAGGAUAUUAUCGCCCUUAAAGACAGGAUUGACAAGCGUCGUGCUGAGAGGGCGGAGCAGCUGAGAGUGAGGACUGAGAAGGACAAGGAGCGUCAGGCCAGACGUGAGGAGGAGAGGAGGAUCAAGGAGGAGUCUGAUGCUAAGAAGAAAGCUGAUGAAGAAGCCAAGAAGAAAUCUGCAUUUUCCAACCUGGGCUCCAACUACGGCAGCCACCUUGCGAGAGCUGACCAGAAGAGAGGAGGAAAGAAGGAGACAGAAAGAGAGAAGAAGAAGAAGAUCUUGGCUGCCAGACGUAAACAACUCAACAUCGACCAUCUUAAUGAAGACAAACUCAAGGAUAAGAUCAAUGAGUUGUACGACUGGAUGUGUCAGCUGGAGUCUGAGAAGUUCGACCACACAGAGAGACUGAAGAGGCAGAAGUACGAGGUCACCACCCUGCGCAAGAGAGUGGAGGAGCUGAGCAAGUUCAGCAAAAAGGGAGCCGCCACCCGCCGCAGGAAGUAAGCCUCCGGCCGCAGGAAGUGCCUCGUCAGCUGAGAAGACGCCACGACGUCGCGCUGCGGUUGCAUCAUCAUCUUCAUCAUCCUCACCCUCAUCCUCAUCACGCUUGCCAUCGGGAGCCUUGAGCUGCUGUGCGAUAACCUUUGACCUCCUGGCCCUGCGCCGUUUGGUUGUCAGAGUUUUUGUAAAUAAAGUUUGACUCUUCAAGCUGCCACCGUCACUCCUUUG